AUGAGCAUCCAGGACAUUCUUGCGCCCUUCACGGAGGGCUGCGAUGCGAAAGGCUCGCCGGCCACGUUUGUGCUCCUGGGCAACGGGGACACAUACAAGGGCGCGCUUGCCACGCGGCUGCUCGGAAAGCAGGUUAUAAUCCCCCCUGGCACAUCAAAAUACACCACUUUACUGGUCUCGUCUGACCGCGGUGCAGACGAUGCAGCUCCUGUUUCCUGUUUUAUUUUGGGUUCCUCUGGGCUCCUGAAGGACAAGUUGCACGACCUUGACUUCUUCGCUGACCCUGAGCAGCUGCAUCUCGUUCUUUUAAUUUCUGCCGCCUCGGUUUCGCUGUGCGUCACGGAGACGAAGGCCUGGCUGGAUGCCGUCUACGCGCUUAGCAAGCGCCAGCGCUUCUCCAGCUGCACCAUCCUGCUGACAGACAGCACCCAGCUGCAGAACACAAACCCUGUGAGCCGCAGCAUCGCCCUCCGGUGCGUUCGGGCCCUGGCCCUGGUCGCCAACGCCAAGCUCUUUCCGUCCUCCGAUGGCUCUGCGUGCCCCCAAAGAACAACCGUCUACUCUGCAGCCGGCACAGACGACACGGGCCCCAUUGCGAGGCACUUGCUGGGACAUACCAAGGGGGGCGCGCACGCCUUCGACUUCACGAUCGACGAAGACGAAGCGAUACUGCGCAUCCCGCCUGGGAUGGACUCCCACACCAUGAUAUGCCAGUCGUCCUCUCCGGACGAGGCGCUGAAGGUGCAGAUGGGCACCUUCAAGACCAACGUUCAGGACGGGGACGGACCGCAGGACGAAGAGCAGAUCAGCAGCCUGAGUGACUACUUCGGCUACGUGACGGCAAAGACAAAGGCCGAGGACCCGGUGCUAAGCGAUCUCUUAGCAGGCCUGUCCGUGGCAGCAGGUAAAUUCUAG